AUGAAGAGGAAGAAGUCAAACAGCCUUCCUGAUGAGAGUCUCAAGCUAGUAGAGGUCCAGCCAUGGAAAAUGUACUUUGAUGGGGCUAUGAAUAAGAGCGGAGCCGGUAUAGGGGUAGUUUUGGAAGCACCGAAUGGAGAACAAUUGUUAAUGUCAAAAAGGCUAUGUUUCCCAACCACUAAUAAUAUUGCAGAAUAUGAGGCUUGCAUUUAUGGCCUAGAGGCAUUGAUAGCUGUUGGGGCUAAAAAAGUUGAGGUGUUUGGAGAUUCAAUGCUAGUAGUUUCCCAUAUUAAAGGUGAAUGGGAAUUGAAAGAAGAAAAGUUGAGGCCAUACCUGGAGUAUGCUAAGAAACUAUUAUUUAGCUUUGAGGAAGUGACAAUGAAGCACAUGCCUAGAGCUCGAGAACUGCAUGGUCGAUGCUCUAGCCACGUUGGCAUCCUUAUGGGAGAAGGGUGA